AUGUGCACCCCAUCCUUUGCUGUACCUUUAUUACAUUCUAAUUUACAGCAAUAUCACUACCCACAAACUCCACGAGUGCCUCGUAAGGGCGAUUCCUACAUUCUCCACGACCUUCAAACCGUCUUCCAGGUAGUUGCCUCCGAGGCCAAGGACUUUACUCUCCAUGCUGAAGCACGACCGUUGGGUACUAUUCAACGGGCCGAGCUUUUCGCUGGUGCCAGAUCCCAAACCCAGCUCCUGCUGGACAAGAUCGACGAAGGUCUUCACAAUUGCCGCCAACCCAACUACCCCAGAAUAUCCACCUUGAGUGCCCUAAUCUCCCCUACUGAGACUCCCAACACUUCACCUUCUGGUAAGAGGUCUUCGGAAUCAGGAUCCUCCAAGCAAGACAAGGUCGCUUCACCUGCAAAAAAGGCCAAGUCUGGCGACGAGGAACGCAGCACUCGGGGUAUGCUGAUCUGCACCUCUACCGGACGACCACCUAUGCCAGACCAAAAAUCGAAUGUCAAUGGAUUUGACCUGACUGCAUGCGAGUCUUUCAACUCCUGGGUUCACGUAACUCCCAACGUCAAAUGGGCUCCUGGUCAGGAACCACGCAUUGUGAUGUAUGCAUCAGUGAGCACUCUCACCCGACCGGUCACUUACUAUGCGUCUUGGCCCGUCCAGACAUCACCUAGCGGUGACCCACCGGACGAGAGUGCUCUCCAGGAGUAUGCCCCUACUCGGACAGUCUUUGACGAGCUUGAUCCUGCAGACAUGAUUGUUGCGGAGCAAUUUUGCCACAUUCUUGAGCAGGGCGCAAGGGUCACACCUACCUUUACUCGGUUGGAACAAUCUCGACUUCUCCAGGAUCUUCCGAGAAGAACUACUCUUGCUGUGGAGUCACCGUAUGUGGGCCAAGUCAUGCACUCUUGGAGUCGGAUGUUUACCACUUGUUUCUACACUACAAUUUGGAUGUUCGCUAUGUUGGGAACAUCCAUACAGGUGCCCAUUUGUGAUUGUAAUGCUUUGGAACCCGAAUUGCGUGCAGCGUCCAUCGAUGAUGCCCUCGUUGCAGAUUUACGGCGCGUGCUCGUUGACGGUUGUCCGAAUUAUGUCAACGCUACGUCGUCCAAGAUGAAUCGGCGAUCCUUCGCCAAAUAUGGGAACCACGACUUGGUAUACACCAAUGUUGAAGAAACCAGAAAAGCAGUUCAGAAGGAUUUUUCACGGUCCCACAGCCUUGUCGGCAACCCUCUGUUGACACCUUUCCUACCGUAUACACAGCAGAUACCCCAAGGACUUUACCUUGGAGACAAUGACGUUUCGGGUGCUUUUUCGCCACGGGAAAUGGAAUUCGAAUGUGGUUGGUAUGCAUACCUUUUUCCAUCUUUGGUUUCCCGUUUUUCUGCACCGGUUUGA